GCGGCCGCGCUCGGAGGAAAUGGCUGCGAGACCCUCAAGGCCUGCGGCCCGGAGUUUGCUGCGUGGGAGUGUAUCUAAACGAUCUGAGCUGUCCGAGUGACAGAUCCUGGUACUGACGCUGAGGACAGCAGCCCGGCGGCCUGGGUAUUUGUUAUAUUUAGGGUCUCAGAGUGUCCAGCCUUUCAGAGUCAGGCAGGUUUCGUUCUCUGCCAGUCUCCUCAAGGAUGGAACAUGGUAUAAAAUCAGAGCUAUCGGGAACACGGAAGUGACUACCAGCCUGACAGACAGCCUGGACAAAAAGUCUCGAGGUAUGGAUGAUAAAGGUGAGCCGAGCAGUGAGGAAACACCCAGGGCCAUCAAGCCCACAAGUAAGGAGUUCAGGAAAACGUGGGGCUUCCGACGAACCACCAUCGCGAAGCGAGAGGGUGCUGGUGACGCCGAGGUGGACUCUCCGGAGCGGCAGCCCCAGCAGCAGCAGAGCCUCUCCUUGCGACGCAGCGGGCGGCAGCCGAAGCGGACCGAGCGCGUGGAGGAGUUCCUGACCACGGUCCGCCGCCGAGGAAGGAAGAAUGUUUCGGUCUCUCUGGAGGAGUGCGGCGAGCCCACAUCUUGUCCAGUCACAGAUGUGGAGACUGCCUCGGAAGGGAGCGUGGAGAGCACCUCUGAUCUGAAAGGGGGCCCCAAGGCUGACCCCACAGGAGAGAAGGAUCCCCCCGCCUCUGCUGAAAAGGCCAGAGGGGGCGAAGACGACGACGACACCUCCGACAGUGACAGUGACGGGUUGACUUUGAAAGAGCUUCAGAAUCGCUUGCGAAGAAAGCGGGAGCAGGAGCCCUCUGAGAGGCCCCCGAAGGGGAUGCAGAAUCGCCUGCGGAAGAAGCGACGCGAAGAAGACCCGACAGAAACCGUGGAUGUAGAGGCGGGGAACGCAGUCGAGAGCUCACUGCCCUGCAAGCAGGAACCCGAGGCUGACCGGGGGACGGCAGCCCAGGCAGCCAAGGACGAUAAAGAGGGUCUGUUGGAAGGAAAGGCGGCCCGGGGGAUGGCAGAGGAAGAGCCCAGAGAGCUAGGCAAGCACAAGCCCGAAUGUGAGGUGUACGACCCCAACGCCCUCUACUGCAUAUGUCGUCAGCCUCACAACAACAGGUUUAUGAUUUGCUGUGACCGUUGUGAAGAAUGGUUUCAUGGCGACUGUGUGGGCAUUUCAGAGGCUCGAGGGAGACUCUUGGAAAGGAAUGGGGAGGAUUACAUCUGCCCAAACUGCACCAUUCUGCAAGUGCAGGAUGAAACCACCUCGGACUCUGCAGAGCAACAGGAGGCGAAAUUCCGGCCGGCAGAUGUCGACGGUGCGGAGUGCACUAGCAUAGGGACGAUUGAGCAGACAUCGAGUGAUGACCAAGGGAUAAAGGGCAGGAUCGAGAAAGCCGCCAACCCGAGUGGCAAGAAAAAGCUCAAGAUCUUCCAGCCUGUUGUCGAGGCUCCUGGCGCCUCCAGAUGCAUUGGCCCCGGAUGCUCGCGUGUGGCGCAGCCUGACUCCGUGUACUGUAGCAACGACUGUAUCCUAAAGCACGCUGCAGCCACGAUGAAAUUCCUGAGCUCGGGCAAAGAGCCCAAGCCUAAAGAAAAGGCCAAGACGAAAGUUGAGAAGCUCGGUCUUCCCAAAUGCAGCGUCCAGGCAGGCAUUAAAAUCUCUUCUGUGCACAAAAGACCAACUCCCGACAAGAAAGAAGUCCUGUUGAAGAAGGUGCUGGUGGCCCUGCCAAGGAGCGAGGCCCUCCCGCAGGAAGCAGCCUGUGAUGCCAGCACGCCAUCCUGGGCAAGCGACCACAAUUACAAUGCGGUCAAGCCAGAAAAGACUGCCGCCCCGUGGCCAUCCAUGUUGUGUGCAUCCACCAAAGAGGACCGACGUGUGGAGGAGAAGCCGACUGCGGCAGCGGCUGUGCCUAAGAGAGCUGUCCCUGCAGGCUCCUCUGCCGGCAGCAAAGCCCCUGUGCCCAGAAACCUCCUUCCGAAGAAGUCUCCGUUCGUGAACGUGGCAUCCAGCAAGCCAAGCAUCAAAAGCUCGUCGCCGGGCUUCCAGGGCACCAUUCCUAAAAGACCCUGGACCACCGCGGCUUCCGCGGGCAGUGCUUCCACUGCCAAGAGGGCAGGGCUGGCACCUGGCACCUCCACAUCUGCUUCCAAAAAGCUGCUGGGUUCUGCUGCGCUGCUGGGGGCCGGAAGGAAGCUGGUGGGUGCCUCCGUGCCCGCAACCUCUCCCGCCCCGGGACGGCUUGGGGGCUCAGGCCCGGCCCCAGCCCAGCCAAAUUCGCAAAUCCGGCAAAAUAUAAGACGUUCCUUGAAAGAGAUUUUGUGGAAAAGAGUCAGUGACAGUGACGACUUAAUCAUGACAGAAAAUGAAGUCGGGAAAAUCGCUCUCCACAUCGAGAAGGAGAUGUUUAAUUUGUUCCACGUUACAGACAACCGCUAUAAGAGUAAAUACCGCAGCAUCAUGUUCAACCUCAAGGACCCUAAGAACCAGGGCCUCUUCCAUCGUGUUCUGCGGGAAGAAAUCUCUUUGGCAAAACUCGUGAGAAUGAAACCGGAAGAACUCGUAUCCAAAGAGCUUUCCACCUGGAAAGAGAAACCCACCAAAACCGUGACGGAGGCCCGGGCCAAGCUGCACAACGAGAGCAAGAAGGCGGCUGUUAAGCAGGAACCCCUGCCCGACAUGGAGGACUCCCCGCCCGUGUCCGACUCGGAUGAGCAGGAGGCCGCACGCGCGCUCCCCGAGAGCAGCGCAGCCCCCCUCCUCGACACGGUCAGCAGCAUGCUCAGGGACACCACGAGCCAGCACCGCGCGCACCUCUUCGACCUCAACUGCAGAGUCUGCACAGGUCAGGUUCUGUCCUCGGAGGAUGAGCCAGCCCAGAAGAAGCCCAAAGUGUCAGCCACUGCCAAGAGGGAGGACACCAGGCCCAAGGGUGACGGGCCUGCCUCUGAGCCAGCCCCGAGCGAGAGGCCGCCCAGAGAUGGCCCGGAGCCCGAGCUGGAGAGGAAGGCCUUCCCUGCCCCCGAGGAGCCUGCGGACGACGGGCCUCCUGAGCCCUGUGUCCCCGAGGGGCCUGCCUGCCCAGCACCCGGGGCGAGUGGGGUGCUCACGACGGUCACACUUUCGGGCCGGGACCCCAGGACUGCACCAAGUGGGUCGUGCACGGUCACAGCCCCUGCCGCAGCCCACCCAGCGGAACCCCGACAGGACGUACCGAGGCCGCCUGUGCCCUCCGUGACAGUGCCCAAGUCCAUCCUGGCCAAGCCGUCCCCCUCUCCCGAGCCCAGAUAUCUCCUCCCAGUGCCACCGUCAGCGAGCAUCGGUGUCUCCGAGACACCGUCCCCGCCGGAAGGAGACACAGCUCUCUUUCUGUCUCGACUCAGCACCAUUUGGAAAGGAUUUAUUAACAUGCAAAGUGUAGCGAAAUUUGUCACGAAGGCGUACCCUGUCUCUGGAUGCUUUGAUUAUCUCAGCGAGGACCUGCCCGACACGAUUCACAUUGGUGGGAGGAUCGCACCGCGGACAGUCUGGGAUUAUGUCGGCAAGCUCAGAUCUUCCGUGUCCAAGGAACUGUGUCUGAUCCGCUUUCACCCUGCGACCGAGGAGGAGGAGGUGGCCUAUAUCUCUCUCUACUCCUAUUUUAGCAGCCGCGGCCGCUUUGGCGUCGUGGCUAAUAACAGCAGGCACGUCAAGGACCUCUACCUGAUCCCACUGAGUGCCAAGGAUCCCAUUCCCUCCAAACUCUUACCCUUCGAGGGCCCAGGUCUGGAGUCCCCACGACCGAACCUCAUCCUCGGGCUAGUGAUCUGUCAGAAGCUCAAGCGUCCUGCCGGCGUCGGGGAGUUAGAGAAGCCAGAGGAGAAGCGGGCCCGCCUGCCCGCCGCGGAGGAGCUGGACGUCCCUGCCUACCCCCGGCCGCCCCUGGCACCUCAGCCCGAGAAGAAGCCCCCGAAGUAUCAGCUCUGCUCCGGGGACCCGGUGGCCAGCACCACGCCUCCAGGCUCCCCUCCGCCUCCGCCCCCGCUCCCAGAGCCCCCAGCUCCGCCCACUUCGGCGUCUGUGUUGAAAAUACUGUCCUCACUCAAGUCCAGUCCCUCCGGCACUGCCAGCCCCGCAGCCUCCUCGCCGGUGGCCACGGCAGCCACGGCCACCGUCACCUCCUCGGCCGCCAAGACAGCCUCGCCCCUGGAGCACAUCCUGCAGACCCUCUUUGGGAAGAAGAAAACCUUCGAGCCCCCCGCCCAGGAGCCCGCAGAGGCCGCCCCCGCCCCCCUGCAUGACCCCAAAGGCCUGCCUGACAGCGGGCUGUCUGCGGCGCCCCUGCUCGACCCCAUUGUCCAGCAGUUCGGCCAGUUCUCGAAGGAGAAGGCUCUGGAGGAGGAGGAGGACGACAGGCCCUACGACCCCGAGGAGGAGUACGGGCCCGAGCGCGCCUUCGCCGCGCAGCUGAGCGAGAGGAGAAACCCAGACCCGGGGCAGGGGGAGGAGGCGGAGGAGCGGGAGGAGGUGGCGUAUGACCCCGAGGAUGAGACGAUUUUGGAAGAGGCCAAAGUCACCAUCGACGACCUGCCCAACAGGAUGUGUGGUGACGCCAAGGGUCCCGCGGCCUCGGCGGCCGCGCCGUCCCUGGUGGAACAGCAGAAGAUGAUCGAGGAGCUCACGAAGCAGAUCGAGGAGCAGAAGAGACAAGUGGAGGAGCAGGAGGAGGCUUUGCGGCAGCAGCGAGCGGCCGUCGGGGUCUCCAUGGCCCACUUCUCCGUGUCUGACGCGCUCAUGUCGCCGCCGCCCAAGGCAGGGCUCCCCAAGGCCGAGGUGUUCGCGCAGGAGCCGUCCUCGGCCGGCCGGCCCGCCGUGCCCCCCGCGUCCUCGCCGGCGACGGGUCCGGGCUGCGACCCCCGGCCCAGCAGGGACCCCCGGCAGGCACGGCGACUGGCUGCCGAGGGCAGCGACGGAGAGACGGGCCCGAAGCCUCCAGCCAGAGAAGCGCCCGGCUUGUCUGCAGCCCCCACGGGGGCCGCUGAGCCGCCGGGGCCCGCGGCCUGGGCUCCCGCGGAGGACACGCUGCUGCCCGCCCCGCCGGAAGUGCCUGCCUGCAGCCACGCCGAGAGCCUCGGCCCGGCGCCCGGGGACGGUGCGGUCAGGCCUGCCCGGAAGGUGCUGCUGCCCACGCCCCCCAGCCCCGCCUUUGCCCCCCACUUUCCCGUGCCGGGCGACGGGCAGGGCGUGCACGCGCCCCCCGGCAGGGAGCCUCUCCCCGGCCCCAUGUUCCCGGCCCAGGACCCGGCAAGCGGCUCCUCCCCGUACGAGGGGCCUGCAGGUGCGGAGUGGGCCGACGGCGAGGGGCUGCGUGCUGCCACCGACGCGGACGGAGCCCCCGUGUUCUCCCCACCCGGACAGAAAGUGGGGGCCCCUCCGCCCCCAUUUCAGGGCCAGCGCGAAGCCGCUCCACGCGCGUUUGGAAUGUCAGGGCUUCACGGCCCCGGUUUCCCUGGGCCCAGGGGCCCCGUCCCCCCGUUCGCCGAGGAGAACGUGGCUUCCGGUGCUGAGGGGCCCCGCGGGCCACCGCCUGCCAGGUUCGGGGCACAGAAGGGGCCCAUCCCUCCCUUGUUCUCAGGGCAGCAUGGACCACCCCCUCCCUACGGGGACAACAGAGGCCCCUCGCCCUCGUACCUGGGGGGUCCCCGAGGCGCCGCUCCGGCUCAGUUUGAAGAGCACCAGGACCCCCAUGGGGAGAAGCUGGAAUUCCAAGAUGACCCCUAUGGGGAGAUGGCCGGGCCGCCUGCCCAGUUUGAAGGACCGGAGCAUGCCCAGUUCUUGGGGGCUCGGGGCCCCACGCCUUUCCAGUUCGGGGGCCAGCGGCGGCCCCUGCUGUCUCAGUUCAAGGGACCUCGAGGAGGCCCCCCUCCCUCUCAGUUCGGAGGUCAGCGAGGGCCACCCCCCGGCCACUUCGUGGGCCCCCGGGGGCCGCAUCCCGCUCCCUUUGAAGCCACCCGCGGCCCCCAUCCCGGUCAGUUCGAAGGGCCCAGAGGCCAGGCACCAAACUUCAUGCCGGGCCCCAGGGGCCUGCAGCCGCAGCAGUUUGAGGAGCAGAGGGUCCACUCGCCACCCCGGUUCACCUCCGGCCAGAGGGCGCCCGCACCCCUUCCUUUCGGGGGGCCCAGGGGCGCCGCGCCCUUCCCGGACAAAAGCGAGCCAGCGCCUCCCCGCUUCCACUUCCAGGGCCAGGCAGCCUCGGGGAAGCUCCCGCCCCGGCCCCUGCUGGAGCUGCCCAGCCACCCGCCGCACCGGAAGGACCGCUGGGACGAGGGGGGCCCGGCCCCGGCCCUGCCGCCCGGCCCGCUGGGGCCCGAGGCCGAGGCUCAGUGGGCCUCUCCCGACUUCCGCGAGGGCAAGGGCCACGAGUACCGGAGCGCCGGCUUCGAGGCCCGGCCACGGGAGCGCUUUGAGGCCGGGCCCAAGGAGAAGGCCGCGGACGAGCCGGAGGCCUCGCAGCCUGACAGCCGGCAGGGCCGCGCCUUCGACGAGCGCCGGCGGGAGCGGGAGCGCGGCAGGAACUGGAGCCGCGAGAGGGACUGGGACCGGGGCCGCGAGUGGGACAAGGGCCGCGAGCGCAGCGCCGGCCGGGACAAGGACCGGGAGUGGGACAAGGGCCGCGAGCGCAGCCGGGACAAGGAGCGGGAGUGGGAGCGCAGCCGCGAGCGCAGCCGCAACCGGGAGCGGGAGCGGGAGCGUCGGCGGGACCGCGGCCGGUCCCGCAGCAGAGACCGCGACCGGGACAAGGGCCGCGAGCGGGCCCGCGAGCGCAAGGAGCGCAGCAAGAGCAGGGACAGGGCGCGGGAGCCCAAGGCCGACGCCCCGCGCGCCGACGUGGCGGCCCAGAGCUAGGGGCCCGCGCCCGGCCGCCACCUGCGUGUCUGGCCGUGGCUAUGAACUCCGAUGCAGCAUAGAAUAUUCUGGACUGCGGAAAUUACUGUAAUUUUGUGUAUGAUGGUUUCUUACGAAAUUCCACGUCUCUACAAUUCUGAUGCUUUUUUAAGGAAAAACAGAAACUUACUCUUUCCAUUUAAAACGACCGAAAUGGGAAGCACCUCCAGAAGCACAUUGCUUUCUCGCUGCAGUGUCUGCAGUGACCCGACUCCGCCCGCAAGGGACCCUCGCUCCUUCCCCACCUGGCCCCUCUGGGUUUCUUUGCCCCCAAAGCUGCUUUUCAGGUAGGAAGUUCCCUCUGCUCUGCAGGAAAGGAGGAGCCUGAAAAGCACUUGCCUUUGUCAGAAAUUUGAAUUGCAAAUUUCAGCCUAGAAACAAAAAAAGGCAGUUUCUCAGUUUUGCUCAGUUUUUGUAUAGCUAGCGCCUUAAUCCUUUUUUUUCUUCCCGGAAACAUGGUUAAAAGCAACAUCUGCCCCAGUAGAUCCUACUGCAUUUUAAAUAAAGAUGUGUUUCUAAAACGUUAGAAUUUACCAGCCUACAGAGAAAGUCGAAGAAGACGCAAUCACGCGUCCGGGUCCCGGCCUGCGGGUGGCUGUGGAGACUGACUCACCCACCACGGAGGCAAAAGCUUUUCACUGUGAAGCGCUUCUGGCCAUGGGUUUUUCAAGUACUUCUGAAGUGUGAAAUAGAGAAAGCCUAAUUUAUUUGACUGUACAAAUCCACUUUGAUAAUUUUUUUAUAUUUUCAUAAACUUUCGCAAAUAUAAAAUUAGAGAAUUUUAUUUGUUCUUUGGAGUCUCCUCCAUGUAUGUCACUACAGGGUCCCCUCCCGAGCACACACGUUUCUGUUUGGGCCGUCGGAGCAGAAGCCACCGGGCACUUGUCCAGUGGCAUUGCAUUGGUGUCCAGCUCAGCGUCUGACGUGAAGUGAAGGCUUCCUACUUGUCAAACGUGCGUUUCUAAUUUAAAUACACAAAUGUAAAAAUCAAGAGUGUUUCUUUAGGUUGACUUGAUAGACAUUUCUGUAAAUUGUAUUUUAUAUUGCAAAGUAUUAUAUCACUGUACAUUGAGAUGGAACUUCAUAGGUUUUGUUACUUGAAGUAGAAUAAACACCGAGAAGACUCUG